AUGGCCUAUAUGAGUACAAAACAUAAAUGAUUGACCACACCAAAGAGUUCCGUUAGGACCCUAACUCUUCACCAAAUUGGUAAAAAAAGGCGGAACAAUGAGAACAUAACCCACUCCUCCAUACCCAACUCCCCCUACUUAGCUUAGUUUCCUAGCACUGGUCGUCAGCAGGUUGGCAAGCAAUUGGCAAAAACCUCAUGUCAUCACCUCCAAAAUUUUCUUUUAUGAUCCCCUUUUAACACGGAAUUACUAGUUGACUUCACCCCUACACCCUCCUGCCCCCACCCCAACCCUAUUAUUCUGGUUUUAUUUAAACCACCCCAUAUGCUCUGGAAUCUCAUCAUCAUCAUCAUAUUAAUUUCCACCUACUUAUAUAUAAUUUCCCAUCAUUUUAAUCCUUCAGGCUUCACCCUAUUUCUUAUUUUUUGUUUCUAUAUAAGAAACAAGGAAAAACAAAAACAAAAAAAAAAAAGACAAGAGAAAAAAGUUAGAGGUGAAAAAUGAGUAGCCUAACCAUGGUGGAGGCUAAACUGCCACCAGGGUUUAGGUUCCAUCCAAGAGAUGAUGAGCUUGUUUGUGAUUAUUUGAUGAACAAAUGGAAUGGAUGUGAAUCUGCUUUGCUUAUCGAAGUUGACCUCAACAAGUGUGAACCUUGGGAUAUUCCUGAAACAGCCUGUGUAGGAGGUAAAGAAUGGUACUUUUACAACCAAAGGGACAGGAAAUAUGCAACGGGGCUAAGAACAAAUCGAGCAACAGCCUCAGGUUACUGGAAAGCCACCGGAAAAGAUAGGCCGGUGAUUCGAAGAGGAAGCCUCGUUGGAAUGAGAAAAACCUUGGUUUUCUACCAAGGGAGAGCACCCAAGGGCAAGAAAACUGACUGGGUUAUGCAUGAAUUUCGGGUUGAAGGUCUUUUUGCUCCUCCUAAAUAUAAUUCCACUUCCAAGAAGCAAGAAGAUUGGGUCCUUUGUCGGGUGUUCUAUAAGAGCCGAGAAGUAGGUUCAAAAACGGACGCAGAAAAUGAUGUCAAUUCAUUGGAUGAAACAAGCUCAUCAUCAUUACCACCUUUGAUGGACUCCUACAUAACUUUUGACCAAACUCAAUCAAAUAUUGUAGAUGCUUACCAGCAAGUGCCCUGCUUCUCCAUUUCCUCGUCAGCUAACCAAAACCAUGCUGAACCCUUACUAUAUGCCCAAAACUUUAACGUGCAUCCAAAUAAUGUAACCAAAAAUCAUCAAACUUCUACGAACACUUUUGCGAGUACAAUGAUACUAGAUGAUGCACCUGCUCAUAACCUAAGCCCAAUAUCAUGUGACAGAAAGGUGCUUGAAGCUGUCCUUACGCACCUCACCAAGAUGGAAACCUCCCCAAAUAUUAAUGGCUCACGAAGCCUAGGACAGGUUGCAAGCUCGUCUGAAAGUUAUUUGUCUGAUGUUGCCUUGCCACCUCACAUGUGGAACCAUUAUUAAUUAGUAUCUGUCUCGAGCUCAUUCAAAUAUAUACAUCGUUAACGCGACUAUUAAUUCGGGACUCAAGGACUAUUUUGGGAAAUGAAAUGGUGAAACUAUGAUGGUUUUGCAUAUUUAUUAUACAAUAUGUAAUUGAUAAUCAUUUUAGGCUUUGGGCUCUUUAUUUUUCCUUCAUGAGUCAAAUUAUCUUUAAACUUUAAUGGUUGAUGUAAGCAUUAUAUAGUUGUUUCAAUUGGGAAUAAGGAUAUUGUUAAAGUCCUGUUCAAAUUGAUUUGCUACGUGGUUAGAGUAAAACUAGAGUCCAAUGGUAAGCCUGAGUGCAAGCGCAAA